AUGGAGCAGUUCGAGCCCCAAAGCCUCGCCAGCAGCGCUUGGGCCCUCGCGAAGUUGUCGCCGGCGUCCCGGCCGGUGUGGCCGCUCUGGGAGGCGUUGGCUCGACGCUCGGUGGAGCAGAUCUGGGAGUUCGACCCACGAGGCUUGUCGAAUAGCGCUUGGAGCUGCGCGACCCUGCGCUGCCGCGACGGGCCCUUGCUGUCCGCGGUGUGGGCUGCGGCGACGCCGAGGAUGACGGAAUUCGAUGAGCAGGCGCUAUCAACGACCUUAUGGGCCUUGGCCAAGCUCUUGGAGCACAAGGUGCCGGGCGCGGCCUCCCUAAGUGGCGCGCUCCUGGCCGAAGUGCGAGGGCGCUCAGAUCUUCCUCCACAGGGCUUGGCCAACAUCUCCUGGGCCUGCGCCACGCUCCGAGCUAGCGACCAGUCCUUGAUGGAGGCCUUGGCCACGCAAGGUUCCCGAAGACUUCGGGAGUUGCAGCCGCAGCACGUGUCCAACAUGGCCUGA